AUGAAUGAUUUGCAACAUCUGCUUCUCCUCCAAAACCUCGACGUAGGUUUCGUUUCGCAUGAGACUGAGAUCGUCGCAAACAGGGGAACAUCGCUGAUACGGUUAUCGCACGGGGAGCGGGCGGUUCCCCGUAUGAUUUCUCCUAAUCACCAACCAAUUCUUGACGACGCCGGAAGAGUUAUGGACAAGGAUUUCCAGAAAUAA